GGGAGCGGAGCCGGGACGGGGGAGAGGGAGCGCGGCAGCGACACAGACAGGGAGAGCUCCAUCCCUCCGCGGGCACGGCUGGAGGGUGUCCCGGCUCUUCCAGAAACCCCCUCCGGUGUUGGAGCUUUGGGCACUUUGCGGCUCAGAAAGGAGAUUUAACCCCUGAAACCGAGCGGCCAGUGUGUCCUUGGGAAGACAAAUCCCUGCUCAGAGGAGCUGCCUUGGCAAGGGCCAGGGCUGGCCGGGCCGCAGUGGUCUGGAGCCUGAGGGAUCUCCCUGGCAGUGCACACGGGCAGAGCAGGAAUGUACCCAACAGCAGGGAGAGCACCAAUUAAUGACUGGUAACGCUAAUUACUGUAACAAGGCCUGGACACACUGAGAGCUCGCUGGCCGCUCGGUUUCAGGGGUUAAAUCUCCUUUCCUGAGCCCCAAAGUGCCCAAAGCUCCAACACCAAGGAGCACUCCUCGCUAGGGGAGUGGUGGCACCCCUCCAGCUGUGCAGUUCUGCAUGCUGGCAGCACUCAGAGCACCAGGAAUGCUGCCCGAGGUGGACACAGGCUCCAGGGAUGGCAGAGAGGGGCAGCACCACUUCUGCCAUGGACCAGCAGCCUGCUGUCCCAGCAUGACAGAGCAUGUCCCUGAGGCACAGAACUUCCAGCCCCAGCAGAAGACACGAGGGAGGAGGUCAGGACCUGUGGAGCUCCUAGGCUGGGCAGAAGGCACACUGUGAAAGGUAAAUGGGAGAUUUGGAGACUAGCUUAAACCAUACGCGAAAAUCAUGUAGAAUAGAGCAAAUGGUAGCAAAAUGGCUUCAUCGCCCUCGGGACAGCGCACCCAGGAGCAGCGUGCCCGUGAUGGACAGCGCCGGGGACAGCGCGGCCCAGCCCCCCAGCCGGGUCAAGGUGACCGUCACCGUGUACAAGGACCUGGUCCUGCAGCACUACGGCUUCGAGAUCUGCCCAGGCCUGCCCCUCACCAUUGCAUCCGUCACUGCAGGGAGCACAGCUGAAGGCAAGCUGCAGCCCGGUGACCAGCUGGUGGCCAUCAACUCCAGCUCGGUGGACGGCGUGUCUGUGGAGCGGGCAGCCGGCCUCAUCAGGGACGCUGGCGACGAGCUGGCCCUGACCGUCCUGCGCUGCACGUCCGGUGGCCCCAAGUCGUCGUUCCUCACGGCGGAGAAGAGGGCGAGGCUGAAAACGAACCCCGUCAAAGUGCGGUUUGCGGAGGAGGUGCUGCUGAACGGGCACUCGCAGGGGAGCUCGCUCCUGUUCAUGCCCAAUGUCCUCAAGGUGUACCUGGAGAACGGACAGACAAAGGCGUUCAGGUUUGAGAGGAGCACCACUGUGAAGGACAUCGUGCUGACCCUGCAGGAGAAGCUGUCCAUCCGCAGCAUCGCCCACUUCGCCCUGGUGCUGGAGGAGCAGUACAACCUGGCCAAGAUCCACCUGCUGCACGAGGAGGAGCUCAUUGCACAGGUGGUCCAGAAGAGAGACUCUCAUGACUACCGCUGCCUCUUCAGAGUGUGCUUUGUCCCCAAGGACCCCUUGGACCUCCUGCAGGCAGACCCGGUGGCCUUUGAAUAUCUGUACCUGCAGAGCUGCAGCGAUGUGCUCCAGGAGAGGUUUGCAGUGGAGAUGAAGUGCAGCGUGGCGCUGCGCCUGGCUGCUCUGCACAUCCAGGAGAGGAUCUACGCCUGCGCCCAGCCACAGAAAGUGUCCCUGAAGUACAUCGAGAGGGACUGGGGCAUCGAGAACUUCAUCUCCCCCACCUUGCUCCGGAACAUGAGAGGGAAGGACAUCAAGAAAGCCAUCAGCUACCACCUGAAGAGGAACCAGGUGCUGCUGGACCCUCGGCAGAAGCACACGCUCACGGCAGCCCAGGUGCGCCUGAGCUACCUGCAGAUCCUGGGAGAGCUCAAGAUGUACAGCGGGAAGAUCUUCAACGCCACCAUGAUGCUGCAGGACAGGGAGUCCUACGUGGCACUGCUGGUGGGGGCCAAGCACGGCGUGAGCCAGAUCAUCAACAGCAAGCUCAACAUCGUCAGCAGCCUGGCCGAGUUCCCCAGCAUCAGCAGGGUGGAGCUGAGCGAGGAGUCCGAGCGGGUCAGCACCGUCAAGAUCUACCUGCAGGACCUGAAGGUGCUCACUCUGCUGCUGGAAUCAAACAGCGCCAAGGACCUCGUCUGCCUCAUCGCCGGGUACUACAGACUCUUCGUGGAUGCCAACAGCCCCGUAUUUACCUGGGGAGAGAAAAAACAGCCACUGCACCGUGUGUCGGCUGAAGAAGGCUACGAAUCGCGAGCCUGCAGCGACUCCGAGGAUUCCGGGGACUCCUGCAGGAGCGGCCGUGCGGAGGGGCAGGGCGAGCCCGGCAGCCCCGGGGCGAGCAGCGCCCAGCCCCAGCCUGGAGGGGAUGACCCUGGGCACCGGGGGGACCCUCGGCACCGCGGGGACACCGCCACCGACAGCGCCUCGGAGGCGUCGGACUCGGCCAACACCGAGAGCCGCGGCUUCAAGACGAGCGGCUCCAGCGACUCCGUGGAUGCGCUGGAGGAGGACGAGCUGGAAGCGUGCUCUUCCUCCCGGCCGGAGCUGUUCCACUUCUACACGCCCACCGUGCAGGAGAUGAGCAGCUCGGACAGCAGCUUCGUGCCGGUGUGCGCGGCCGGCAGCCCCGGCGGGGCGGGAGCCGGCGAUUAUUUCUGCUUCCUGCAGGUGCCAGCGGCAGAGCCCGGGGUCGGUCCGGCAGGGCAGGGCGAGCCCGAGCCCGCUCUGCAGCCCAGGCUGUCCGGGCUGGCCACCCCGGGCUGCCACAGCCACGGCGAGCUGGUGCUGCGGCCGCCGCCGGGCUUCGGGGACUCCAGCUCCGAGGAGGAGUUCUACGAUGCUGCGGACAGGCUCAGCCCUCCGGACACGCUGGCAGCAGGCUGUGAUACAGCACCCUGGGAGGGUGCAGAGAGCUCCUCCUGCAUCCCCAAGAGGCUGAGGUGCUACAGCCUGGGGGAGAACCCGUCCGUGAGGGAGAAGCAGGAGCAGGAGCUGACCUACACCAAGAGCCUGAGGAAGAGGAGGUCUUUCCUGGAAACUGAUUACACCUCACAGGUCAGUUUCCCUGCAGCUGCUCCGGGCUCUCCACAGCGCUGCUGCUCCUGGCUGCCCGCUCAGCCCUCUGCAGAGGACACAGGGAAGGACACGGAGGUGGCCACAGGAGCCGUGGCCAGCCAGGGACAGAGGGACACUGCUGGCACAGAGCCCUGCUCUGACGUGAUGGACACGGAGCCUGACACUACAGAGACAAAGCCAGUGCUGCAACAGCUGGUUCCCUCCAUUUCGGACGUUCCCCACGCCGGUGACCACAGUGGGGAGCAGGACAGCAGCCCCCAGCCCCAGCACCCCCCCAGAGGGCAGAGUGGGGCUGCCCAGGAAGAUCCCGGGUGUCCGAGAGGGGAGAAGAGCUGUGCACCCAGCGGGGGCUGCCCGGCCCAGGGGGCUCAGGAGGAGGGGGCUGAGCUGGUGGCCACCCAGCACCAGGCCAGCGUUGUGCCCUCUGCUGUGGCCAGCCCCUCUGACGAGCUGCCACCAGCUGCUGGCCCCAGCGUGGUGCGGGAGGGGCUGCUGCCUGCGAGCCUGGAGCCUUCCCGGGCUGCCUGUCCGGAGAGCCGAGGUGCUCAGAGCUGGGUCAGUGGCAGCGCUGAUGGUCAGUGCUGUUCUGAUGGUCAGCGCUGUGCUGAUGGUCAGCACUGUGCCCACAGCAGCACCCAGGGCGCCGUGUCCCCGGCCAGCAGCCCCCAGGUGCUGAGUGGGGAGACCCUGAGGAAGGUGCACCCAGGUCACACAGGGCUCCCAGACACAGCCCAGCUCCUGGCAGGCUGCAGCAGUGCCCCGGGGGUUCUCACCCGCCUCUCCUGGCUCUCUUUCGGGGUGAGGACAGAGCCUGUGCCCCCCAGCCUGCUGCAGGACGGGCUCCAUGACCCACCCGAGCCUCUGGCCUGCCUGACCACCAGCACCUGCGUGGGUUCCAGUGCUGUUAGAAGGAAGAUGCCAGCAUCCCCUGUUGGAGCAGGGUUUGGCCAGGAGCUGGUGAGCAGCUCAGGGCUGGGGCUGGGUGCAGAGCCCACAGGAGCCGCAGGAAAUGAGGCUCAGCAGGAGCCACAGCCUGCACAGGCUUCUCCUCCCGCAGAACAGGCUGCAGGGCUGGGGAAGGGCUCCUGCCCGGCUCCCUCCGCAGGGAUUCCCAUCUCCCCAGUUCCCUUGGGGCAGGGAGCAGGAGCCUGUGGGGCUGCCAAGCACUCCUCGCAGUGUUUUAACCCCGAGGAGGGUGAGCAGAGCCCCGCAGCCCCGCUGCCAGCCGCAGCCCUGGGCUGCUCCCCGGCACCGGAGCGCUGCGGCUGCCGGCUGCCCUACAUCAGCUGCUUCCCCCAGCCCCAGAGCCAGGGGGAUUGUGAGGCCGGCCCCUCCCAGCUGCCAGGACCCCUCACCACCCCCCCAGCCAGCAGCUGCAGCCUCCCCAGGACCCCUGGGAGCGGCUUCCCAGUCCCCAUGGCCGGGGACGUGGCAGGGCAGGACCCCCACAUCCGAGUGCUGGGGCAGCUGAAGGACCAGGCGUGGAUGAGCCCUGCGGAUUUCUCCCGCUUCCUGGCCUACACCGUGGAGCUCCAGGAGGUUGUAGGGAAGCUCUGUGGGAGCCAGGCAUCCCACCUGCACGACCAGUGUGCAGAGCAGGGCGCAGAGAGCAAGGGUGCGCUGGGCUGGGCGUCCCAGGACCUGCUGUCCAGCUGCCAGGCUCUGCUGAGCACGGAGCAGCCUCUCACAGAGGUGCAGUGCGCUCUGAGAGCCACGUUCGACCGCCUGGUUCACCUGGCAGUGACCUGCUUCCAGGUGACACACUGCCGGCAGUGCAGGCAGAGGCAGCAGGAGCUGGGGGCGGCGCUGGGGGACGUGGUGGGCACCUACCAGCAGCUGGUGCAGGCUCUGCACCAGCAGCUCCACGGGCAGGUCUGCCCGGAGCUGGGCACCAGGCUCCUUGCCCGCCAGCACACGGCCCUAGCAGCUGCCAUCUUCUGUCUCCUGCAGCGGUUCAGGGCAGCCCCCUGGCUGUGACAGGCAGGGUGGGGGCACUGCAGGGCACUGAGGGGGACAGAGCCCAGAUGUGUGCCCUCUGUCCUGCUCAGGCUCUCCCCCAGGCCGUGUUUGGCCCAGCAUGGCCAUGGGAGGAUGUGUUCCCCAAGAGCAGCACUCCAGUGUGUGUCUCUUGCCCUGGGCUGUCCCUUGCCUCCCACAGGCCGUGCAGGUCAGCCUCUCAGUGCUGUCUCAGCUGCCUUUGUCACCUGUGGGGGAAAAGUGGGAGCCUUUCAGCCUGCCUUUCACUCACUGUGCUCUCCAGACACUAAAUGUGAGACCCCAGGUGACCUUCUGCACCUUCUGUGGCCCAGGGAACACAGUGAUCCCACAUUCAGCUGCUUUUCCUUGGCCAGAGAGGGGCAGUGCCACUCUGCUCUGCUGCCGUGUGCUGGGGAGGGACAGGCCCUGGCCAGCUCCCACCCCACCAGGGCUCAGGGCUCUGUGUGUGUGCCAGCAGCAGGGGCGAGCCCUGACACCGUGACGCUGCAGUCAGAGCCAUGCAGGGACUGUCAGAGCUGUGCAGGGACUGUCAGAGCCGUGCAGGGACUGUCAGAGCCGUGCAGGGACUGUCACGGGCUCCCCCAGCCCUGUGCACCCCCAGCAGGGGCUCCCCCUGGCCAGGUGUGAGCUGCAGGGCAGUGUGGCUGUGCCUCCCCUCGGAGGGAGGGGCAGUGCCCCAUUUCAGGGGGGCAGCCUGGGGAUAUUGGGAGUGGCUGCCUUUUCCCAAGGAGCUGCUGCUGCAGCCCAGGGGGUUCUGCCCCAGGCAGCUGAGGGGCACGGAGGGGCUCCCCCCAGGCACUGUGGGGAUUGUCCCCUGGCUCUGGGACACUGAAGGGGAUCACCUCCACUUCCAGCUCGCCAGGAGCCCCCAGGGCGCAGCAGCAGCAACACUGACACACUCAGAGCCCCUGUGGCUUAACCUCAUAACGCCUGCCUUGGGUUAAACCACAGCAGCUCCCCACUCUCCUGCAGACCCGUGCCACACACACUAGCCCCAGGGCUGUGGAAGGGUCCUGCUGGGACAGGAGGAAUGAAAACACAUAACCAGACUUACCUCAGACGACCUUCAGGUCCUGCUGCCACCGGCCAUGAGGCUUCAGGGCCCUUUUGGCAGCCCUGGCUGAGGUAAGGUACGGACUCAGCUGCACCAAACACACUCCCUGCUGUGGCUGUGGCGCUGGCACUGCUCUGAGCAGGGCACAGCCGAGCCCAGGUACCUCCCAGCAGGGACACAGGGGUCAGGGACCUGUGUAUGUCAGUGACGAGGUACUACUCAUCAGUAACUGUAGGUACACAAUGGGGAUCUAAACCUUUUGUUUUGUAUUAGAUGCAUACUACUAGCCAAAGGCUUCAACAACUCCCCACGUCCUCACUGGGUUUAAGUUGUUGGGACAUAAUCCUUGGAGCUGCUUCCCCAUCCCACAUUCUCCUGCAGCAGCCGCAGUGUCCUGUCCCAUGGUGGGGGGAUUUCCUUGCCCGUGAGCUUUGCAGCCCUAACUUCACCUCACUCUCUGUUUCAAUAAAACGAAGAAAACCC